AUGGGUCUAGAGCACAGCUGGGAUCCUCCUCUGUCCCCAUCGGCUCAGACCCCGGUCCUGCCAAACACAGACAGCAGCAGAAAUCACACUGAUCCUGGGAUUGGCUACAGCAGGAGGUCACGAGUCAGGAGGGAGGAGGUCCUACAGCAGGAGGUCAGGAGUCAGGAGGGAGGAGGUCCUACAGCAGGAGGUCAGGAGUCAGGAGGGAGGAGGUCCUACAGCAGGAGGUCAGGAGUCAGGAGGGAGGAGGCUCUGCACCAGGAGGUCAGGAGUCAGGAGGGAGGAGGCUCUGCACCAGGAGGUCAGGAGUCAGGAGGGAGGAGGUCCUACAGCAGGAGGUCAGGAGUCAGGAGGGAGGAGGCUCUGCACCAGGAGGUCAGGAGUCAGGAGGGAGGAGGCUCUGCACCAGGAGGUCAGGAGUCAGGAGGGAGGAGGUCCUACAGCAGGAGGUCAGGAGUCAGGAGGGUGGAGGUCCUACACCAGGAGGUCAGGAGUCAGGAGGGAGGAGGUCCUACAGCAGGAGGUCAGGAGUCAGGAGGGUGGAGGUCCUACACCAGGAGGUCAGGAGUCAGGAGGGAGGAGGUCCUACAGCAGGAGGUCAGGAGUCAGGAGGGAGGAGGCUCUGCACCAGGAGGUCAGGAGUCAGGAGGGAGGAGGCUCUGCACCAGGAGGUCAGGAGUCAGGAGGGAGGAGGUCCUACAGCAGGAGGUCAGGAGUCAGGAGGAGGUUCUACAGCAGGAGGUCAGGAGUCAGGAGGGAGGAGGUCCUACAGCAGGAGGUCAGGAGUCAGGAGGGAGGAGGAGGUCCUACAGCAGGAGGUCAGGGGUCAGGAGGGAGGAGGAGGUCCUACAGCAGGAGGUCAGGAGUCAGGAGGGAUGA